AUGAUACCCGCGCCGCUUAACGAUCCGUGCAUCGCGGCGUCGUUUUCAGAGGCCAACCGCAUCGCAAAACGCACGUGGACCCCAACAGUAUGGGAACAGCGAGCCACAAUAAUGAGAGGAUCCGUCGCGUUUACAGUGCAGAACAAUUUACAGAGUCAGGAAGAAGAUAUUCCGUUAUUUAUCAUAAGUUUGAAAUUGCAAAAAAAAAAAAAACAGCGCGUUGCAAUAUACGCGAACAACGGCCGCCAUGAUGGCGCCAAGGGGGCCGCCAACUCAAAUAUUUCUGGCGGGCCUGAAAAGCCAACGGCCGCAGACACCACAUAA